AUGGCCGAGCCGUUUCCGCUCCUCAACACCUCGCCCGACCAGCUACACCUCGCCGACGCCGACAGCGCGCUGCGCCGGCGGCGGAAAAGCAGCGGCCUCGGCGGCGACAUCCGCGCCGGCGACACGGGCGCCCCCGCCCUGGCCUCGAGCAGCGCCAGCCUCGGCCUCGCCGGCGAGCCCUCGGCCUCGCCGGCCCAUCAUGGCGGCGGCGCUUUGGGCGCCAAGCGCCUGUCCAAGCGCCGGCGCGCGCGCGGCCUCGCCUCGCGCGUCCGCCAGCUCAUGAUCAAGCACACCUUUGUCCUGCCCGCCUGCAUCCUCCUCGUCUUCGCCUCGGGCUACGCCCUCAACCCGACCGAGGCCAACCCCCUCCACCGCUGGAUCUUCCUCUCGUACCGCCUGCCGCACCACGACCUGUCGCGGCCGGUCCAGUACGGCAAGGGGCCCUGGGACAUUGCCUUUGUCGCCUUCUACACCGUCGUCCUGUCCUUCACGCGCGAGUUCAUCAUGCAGGAGCUGCUGCGGCCCCUCGCCCGCCAUACGGGGCUCGGCAGGGCCAAGCAGGCCCGCUUCAUGGAGCAGAUGUACACGGCCCUCUACUUCGUCGUGCUGGGCCCCGCGGGCAUGUACGUCAUGAGCCGCACCCCCGUCUGGUACUUCAACACGCGCGGCAUGUACGAGGACUUUCCGCACCGCACGCACGAGGCCGUCGUCAAGUUCUACUACCUCUUCCAGGCCGCCUACUGGGCGCAGCAGGCCAUUGUCCUCGUCCUCGGCAUGGAGAAGCCGCGCAAGGACUUCAAGGAGCUCGUCGGCCACCACAUUGUCAGCCUCGCCCUCAUCGGCCUGAGCUACCGCUUCCACUUCACCUACAUGGGCAUCGCCGUCUACACCACGCACGACAUCAGCGACUUCUUCCUCGCCACCUCAAAGGUGCUCAACUACAUCGACCACCCCUUUGUCGGCCCCUACUUCUUCCUCUUCAUGUGCGUCUGGAUCUACCUGCGCCACAUCGUCAACCUCAAGAUCAUCUGGUCCCUCUUCACCGAGUUCCGCACCGUCGGCCCCUUCGAGGUCGACUGGGAGCUGCAGCAGUAUAAGUGCUGGAUCAGCCAGUACAUCACCACGGCCCUGCUCGCCUCCCUCCAGGCCCUCAACCUCUUCUGGCUCUUCUACAUUGUCCGCAUCGCCUGGCGUUUUGUCCUGCAUCGCGCCGCCGACGACGACCGCUCCGAGGAUGAGGACGAGCCCGAGCACGCCGACCCGGGCGACAAGAGGGGUAAGCCUGUGGCCGCCGCCAAGGACCGCGUCCCCACGCUCGAGGUCAACGGCAAGGCCAUCCCCAACGGCUUGCCCGGGUAG